UGGACAGCGAUCGGACAGCACACUCCACACCAUGAAGACCGCUCUGGUGCUCCUCUGCCUCGCCGCCGGCCAGGCCGCCGCCAACAUCUUCCGGACCCAUCGGCGCCAGAACGACUGGAUCGUCCAGCCCUACGACUACUACAAGAACAUGCCCGAGUCCUCCCGCUCCUCCGAGGAGAGGGGCUGGGACGUGUACUCCGCCGUCAUCGCCGACGUCGACUCCCUCCGGAACAAUCUGAUCCUGCAGGGCGUCCCGGCGAUCUACCGCGACUCCUCCGAGCACAUAUUCGAUGAAGCCUUCGAGACCAUGAGACACAUCGACGAGGACACCAAGCGGAGGAUCCACCAUGUCUUCGGAUCGGGCUGGACCGAGGAGGCCGAGCUCAACGCGACGCAGCUGCUGAAGAAAAACGGCUACAGGGUCGAGGAGCACGUCGCCAUCACCGCCGACGGCUACUACCUCACCCUCAUCCGCAUCAGGGGCAAGACCGGCGAAGAAAUUAAAGAGCACAGGCCCGCCGUCCUCCUCGUCCACGGCUUGCUCGGCAGCGCCGAUGACUGGCUGCUGCUCGGCCCCGGCGAGUCCCUCGCCUACCAGAUGGUCGACGCCGGCCUCGACGUGUGGCUCGGCAACGUCCGCGGUAGCCGCUACUCCCGCCGCCACGCCGCCAAGCACCCCGCCCAGCCCGACUUCUGGCAGUUCGCCGUCGACGAGAUCGCCGCCCACGACCUGCCCGCCAUGAUCGACCACGUGCUGCGAGAGACGCAGCAGUCGCAGCUGUACUACGUCGGCCAUUCGGCGGGCACCACCGCCUUCUUCGCGAUGGCCUCCGCGUACCCCGAGCACGGGCGCAAGGUCGCCAUGAUGCACGCGCUGGCGCCGACGGUGUACAUGCGGCACGCGCGCAGCCCGUUGCUCCGCAUGAUAUCGCCCGCCAGCCGCUCCUACGAGUGGGUCACCAGGGAGCUCGGCCCCGGGGAGUUCCGGCCCAGCGCGCGCCUCGUGCGCUCGGUCGGGGGCCGGAUGUGCGAGGAGGCGGUCGGCUGCGAGCACGUCUGCGGCAACAUCAACUUCGUCAUCGCGGGCGUCGACACGACCGGCCUGGUGAUCGAGAAGCUGCCGGUGAUCGCCCGGCACCUGCCCGCGGGCGGCUCCACGCGCCACAUCAAGCAGUUCGGGCAGGCGGUGGCUGCGGACGAGCUGAGGAAGUACGACUACGGGUCGGAGGUGAACAUGAAGGUGUACGGCCAACCGGAGCCGCCGAAAUACAACAUGACUGACGUCCAGGUGCCCGUGGCCAUCUACUACAGCGAGGAAGACUGGCUGGCGCACCCCGCGGACGUGGAGAGGCUGCACGGCGAGCUGCCCGAUGUGCGCGACUUCUACAAGGUCCCCGAGCAGCACUUCGGCCACAUGGACUUCCAGUUCUCCCAGAAGACGUCGGUCAUCAACCAGAGGGUUGUCGACACCAUCGUCAAAGACCACAUGUCCAGUAACAAGUAUUAGGUUGAGUUUGGCCCGUGUUAAUAGUAGAGUAAGUUAGGUUAUGUUAUGUUUACGUCCGUCCAAUGUUAUGCCGAUGAUGAAGCUAUGUUAUGAGAUUGUGAGAUAAAUAAAUUAUUUUAAUUAUUAUUA